AUGGCUCGCAUCUUGCGCUGGACUUGGAUUCUGGGGGUCAUCUACAUCUUGUCGGCCGGAAGCAGGGCCAGAAGCGGGACCAGCGGCGAGCUCUUUAUCACUUCGGCCGUUCACGCCAACAGGGCUACCUUUAGCAGGACCAAACGAUGGAUCAGCUGCGAGUCCCUCAUCAUUACGACCUUUCACACCGUCAGGGCGACCUCUUGGAGGACCGAACCGGGGGCAGCCUGCAAGUUCAUCCUCGCUGCGACCUUUCACACCAACAGGAAGACCUCUAGGAGAACCAAAUGGUGGGCCGCCUGCGAGCUCGUCGUCGGUACGGCCUUUCACGCCCACAGGAAGGCCUCUAGGAGGACCAGAUGGAGGACCAAAUGGAGGACCAAAUGGAGGACAGCCGAGAAGUUCGUCAUCACAACGACCUUUCACACCUACAGGAAGACCUCUAGCAGGACCCAAUGGGGGACAGCAAGGGAGUUCAUCAACACUUCAGCCAUUUACCCCCACGGGGCUUCCUAUGGCAGCACCAAACGCUGGGCCACCCUCCGCAAGGACACCGACGCGUCGACCAUUUACACCGACUGGGAGACCACGAGCAGGCCCGACUGCGGAAAGGCGUUGGCGGAGCUCAACAAAAGGGCGCUUGACAACAUCCGAAAACAGAAUCAUCGGCCUUCUUUCAGAAAUGUUACCAAUUCAUGUUAUGGAAACAACGUGUUGAUGAGGAAGGAAUGGAGGACACUUUCAACAGCAGAACGAAAGUCAUUCGUCGCCGCUGUUCAGUGCAUCAUGAGGCAACCCGUGUUGUCGGAUCCAAAGAGGGUCCCGAUGGCGAAGUCGCUCUACGAUGAUUUCGUUGCCGUACAUUACACAAGUUUCAGAAACACACAUCUGACCGCUUCAUUCUUCGCUUGGCAUCGGUAUUACCUGGCGACAUUUGAACAAAAGCUACGAACGGAAUGCGCAUACAAAGGCGCACUGCCAUACUGGGAAUGGGGUCUCGACAUCAAAGAUCCCGCCGCCUCCCCGGUAUUCGACGGCUCCGAGACCUCCCUGGGCAGUGACGGUGCCUUCAUCCCCCACGAUGGCCUUCGUCUCCGACAGCCCUUCUCCAACAACCUCAUCGUCCUCGAGCCGGGGUCUGGCGGCGGGUGUGUCAAGUCAGGACCUUUCUCCAAGAUGGUGGUACAUAUUGGACCAGCUGCACUUGCACAGUAUGGCACCGACUUGCCGUUCAAUGUCACUGAUCCGCUAGAAGACUUGCCGCGAUGUCUGAAGCGGGAUCUGAACAAGAGCGUUGCAGCGAAAUACUGUUCGUUCCGAAAUACAACAAACCUUAUCACCCAACAACAGACUAUCGAGACCUUCGCACCGCUUUUACAGGGCGACGAUCGCUUCUUCCCGAACACCCUGGGUGUCCACGGUGGAGGCCAUUUCAUUAUCGGCGGCGAUCCUGGCGCGGAUGGAUUGAUCGCGCCUGGGGAUCCCGCUUUCUGGGUCCAUCAAGCCCAGGUCGAUCGCGUCUACUGGAUCUGGCAGAACCUCGACUUUGCUAAUCGGCAGGGCGUGUUCGGCACUUUUUCAUUGCAAGAUGAUCCGAAAAGCCCCAACGGCAGCGUUGACGACCUGAUUGACCUGACACCGUUGACGACGCCCGUCAAGAUCAAGGAUCUGAUGAACACCGUGGGCGGCACGCCGCUGUGUUACAUGUACGAAUAG